GAACCCAACAGGCCUGGGUUCCUUCGAACCCACCCAAGCGUUGGGUUCCUUACCCAGGUGCUGGGUUCGAUGGAACCCAGCACGCUUGGGUUUGGCUCCUUGCGAACCCAGGCGCUGGGUUCGCAAGGAACCCAAGCAUGCUAAGCUCACAUCUGGGUUCUUGCAAACCCAACACGCCUGGGUUCCUUGCGAACCCAAGUGCAAAAAAUUUUUAAAAAAAAAAAUUUCUGUUUUUGUUUUUUGGAUUUUGUUGUUUGAUUGUGAUGAAAAAUUGAUUGAUGAAGAUGAAGAAGGCAAGGCAAGGCAAUCGCUGGGUUACUGUAGGUGCUGGGUUCGACGCUAGGUUUGAUUUUUCAAUUUCGAACCUAGCAGCUGCUAGGUUUUUGCAGGUGCUGGGUUUGAAAUCGAACCCAGCAGACAGUGGGUUUCAUUUCAAACCCAGCACCUGCUUGGUCAGUGGAACCCAACGGUUGCUAGGUUUGAGCAGCCACUGGGUUCCUGCAAGUGAGGCUCUGGGUUCCGUUUCGAACCCAGCAACCGUUGGGUUAAGUAUCUAUUGAGUUUAAUCUGUUGAUUUGUUGUGUUAUCCUCAAAUUUAAUAUUAGGAGUUAGAGUUUGCAGAAGGUGAAAGGAAUGGGAGAGGAAGAAGAAAGUGAAAAUGGAAAAACAAAUGAAGAAAAAAAAAAGAAUAAGAAACUUUUUAAGAUUUU